AUGGCCGUCACACUCGGUGGAUCUAUCCUUCGCUGCGGCGAGUUGGUUGCAUCCAGCCCCGAAAAGCUCUCGAAUCAACUUCUGAAGCCCCCCUGCUUUUUUGCCUCCCGUUCCGUCUUACCACCGAAGUACCCUCGCCCAUCCCUAGUGUACCAAUGUUUCUUCUCGCAAGGAUCAGGCCGAUGGGUUGGGAAAAGCAUGGUUGUCGUUUCUGCCCAACAAGCGAAGUUGCCGGGUGAAAUACUAGAACGUUUUUGA